GAUUAUUCCUGUCUCCUACUGUGCACCAAGAGAUGGACUUCGGAGCACCUACAUCUGUCACAAUCUGAAACCUCCAAGCCAUAAGUAGGUCCACAUGGCCUCCCAGGAAUUUCACAAUGCAAAGCUGGGCACCUCAGCAGAUGGUACCCCACAUGGGCAAGUGAAACCAGAGCAGGAGAAUGAUUCUGGUUACCAACCUCUAGAUGGAUCACUCGACCAUCAAAAGGGAGUACUACAAGCCCUUGGGGCUGUCCAGGUCCUGAGUGGCAUGCUGAUUCUGGCUCUAGGUGUUUUUCUGGGCUGCUUACAAUACUUGUCUCACCUCUUCAGGCAUUUCUUCUUCUUCAUCUUCUACACUGGCUACCCACUGUGGGGCACUGUAUUUUUCGUUAGUUCAGGAUCCUUGACUAUUACAGCAGGGAGAAAACCCACAAGGAUGUUGAUGCAAAACAGUUUUGGGAUGAACAUUGCCAGUGCUGCCAUUGCUCUGGCUGGAGCUGCGUUCUUGUCUGUGCAUUUAGCACUCAGUGACCAGGCACUCAAGGGUUGCUCAUCUUCACAGUCACCAGACCUGUGCAUUUAUCUGGGUUCCUCAUCAAAUGGCCUCGUGUCGCUAAUGCUGCUCCUCACCUUGCUGGAACUGGGUGUAACUAUCUCUGUCUCAACAAUGUGGUGUCAAUCAAACUUCUGUGGUUUAAGAGAGGCAAUUUCUUCACCUCCUGAUUCUGUAGAAUCAGGAAUACCCCAUGAUGAAAGUAAUUCUGAGGACAUGAACACUUAGCCUCCACAGAGUGAGGAGAGCCUCAUCUAAGAGUUCAGAAGAAC